UCUUGCCUGACUGUGUUGCAAGCUUAACAAACAGGAAGGUUAGAAACUACUGGUCUAAUCCACAGCUUUUAACUUGAAAAAAUAUCUAGCUCAGCAAUGAAGUUCCCUCCCAUGCUAGGAUUUGGGGAAAUGGAUAUGUUUUGUAAUGCUUAAAGGAUGCAGCUCGAGACAGGGUAAGUCAGCAGUAUGCUACUGAUGUUGUUCUGCAGCAGCAGUCUGGUCUCUAAGGGAGUCUGUGCUUGAUGCACACAUCCCAGGCAGCUCACAGCCCACAGGCAGAGCUUGCCUUUCAAUGGAGGCUCCGCUGCAUCCACCAGGCAGAACGCUUUACGCAUGCCCGUCUUCCCUGUCGUUUAGUGGUGUCAACUUAUUAAUUUCCAUCUUCGACUUCAGGCCUGUUAGUUCCCUGUCUGAAAGCAUUAUUACUUUUGUCCAUGUGGCAAAAUAAUUAGCAUACAGAUGAGAAGUAGUCCUGUGCCUGAGCGCCGGUAGAGAGAGAAGAUGAGCGGUGGAGAGUUGAUUGGAUGAAUGGAGAACAAAUGGUGGGCGUUCAAAAGCAUUAGAAGAGUUUUGUAGUCGUGGAGCAGGUUGGAGAAUUUUCUGGAGAAGUUCACAUGGGGGUCAAGGCAAGUUGAGUGAUCUACAACCUUGACACGUGUCCAGCCCAAAUUGCCGUUUGAAGAAUCACAGAGUGUGAUUAUGAACCUGAAGGAAAACUGGUGAAUCAUGCCCAGUAGAUAUCACUGGACAGACUGACUGGAGCAAAAUCAGACCUGCAGAAUACACAGGCAGCUGAAUUCAGAGUGACCACAUCUGGUGAGAGAGGAGAAAAUGUAGUUAUUGAAUCCAAUCAAGUGUGUGCAUCUCAAGUUUUCAAGAGUAACUCAUCAAGAAGGUUCGGAUUGCUCCCACAGACAUAUGGCUAUCCAAUGAGCCACAUAAAGAUGGAGAAAUCAAGGCACAGAAAAAUUAAGUGACUUCACCAUAGUCACAAACUGGGGAGGACCAGGAUUAGAACUUUGAGAGAACCCUAACUCUGGGCCUGUGUCCUGCCCACAGAGUCACGCUGCCUCCCUUCCUAGAAGAGAAGACUUCCUGCAAGAUGGAGGUGGACGCCGAGGAGAAGCGUCAUCGCACACGGUCCAAAGGGGUUCGAGUUCCCGUGGAACCAGCCAUACAAGAGCUGUUCAGUUGUCCCACGCCCGGCUGUGAUGGCAGUGGUCACGUUAGUGGCAAAUACGCAAGACACAGAAGUGUAUAUGGCUGCCCCUUGGCUAAAAAAAGAAAAACACAAGAUAAACAGCCCCAAGAGCCUGCUCCCAAAAGGAAAGCUUUUGCAGUGAAAGCAGACAGCUCCUCAGUGGAUGAGUGCUAUGAAAGUGAUGGCACUGAGGACAUGGAUGAGAAGGAGGAAGAUGAGGAUGAGGAGUACUCAGAAGAUGAUGAUGAGCAGAGGGAUGAUGAUGAGGAGGAUGAGGAGGUGGACCGGGAGGAAGAGGAGGACCUAGAGGAUGAAGAUGAAGAUGAUGAUGAUGAUGACGGAGAGGAUGUUGAGGAUGAAGAAGAGGAAGAAGAAGAGGAGGAAGAGGAAGAGGAAGAGGAAGAAGAAAAUGAGGACCAUCAAAUGAACUGUCACAAUUCUCGAAUAAUGCAAGAUGCAGAGAAGGAUGACAACAAUAAUGAUGAGUACGACAACUAUGAUGAGCUGGUGGCCAAGUCACUGCUAAAUCUGGGCAAGAUUGCUGAGGAUGCAGCAUACCGGGCUAGGACUGAGUCGGAAAUGAACAGCAAUACCUCCAAUAGUCUGGAAGAUGAUAGUGACAAAAAUGAAAACCUGGGCCGGAAAAGUGAGUUGAGUCUAGACUUAGACAGUGAUGUGGUGAGAGAAACGGUGGACUCCCUCAAGUUGUUAGCACAAGGACAUGGUGUGGUGCUCACAGAAAACAUGAAUGAUAGAAGUUAUGCAGACACAAUGUCACAGCAAGACAAUAGGAACAUGAAUUAUGUCAUGUUGGGAAAGCCCAUGAACAAUGGGCUGAUGGAUAAAAUGGUGGAGGAGAGUGAUGAGGAAGUAUGUCUGAGCAGCUUGGAGUGCUUGAGGAAUCAGUGCUUCGACCUGGCCAGGAAACUCAGUGAAACCAAUCCACAAGAGAGGAGUCAGCAGCAGAACAUGAACAUCCGCCAACAUGUCCGGCAAGAGGACGAUUUCCCAGGAAGGACACCAGACAGGAACUACUCUGAUAUGAUGAACCUGAUGAGACUUGAGGAGCAAUUGAGCCCCAGGUCUAGAACUUUCUCCAGCUGUGCAAAAGAGGACGGGUAUCAUGAAAGAGAUGAUGAUACCACCUCUGUGAACUCAGACAGGUCUGAGGAAGUGUUUGACAUGACCAAGGGAAACUUAACUCUUCUUGAAAAAGCCAUUGCUUUGGAAACUGAGAGAGCAAAGGCCAUGAGGGAGAAAAUGGCAAUGGAAGCUGGCAGAAGGGACACAAUGAGGUCAUAUGAGGAGCAGUCACCAAGACAACUCCCCGGGGAUGAGAGAAAGCCUAAAUCCAGUGACAGCCAUGUCAAAAAGCCAUACUAUGGUAAAGAUCCCUCGAGAACAGAAAAGAAAGAGAGCAAGUGUCCAACCCCUGGGUGUGAUGGAACUGGCCACGUAACUGGGCUUUACCCGCAUCAUCGCAGCUUGUCUGGAUGCCCGCACAAAGAUAGGGUCCCUCCAGAAAUUCUUGCCAUGCAUGAAAAUGUUCUCAAGUGUCCUACUCCGGGCUGCACAGGGCGAGGGCAUGUAAAUAGCAACAGGAACUCGCACCGAAGCCUCUCUGGAUGCCCUAUUGCUGCAGCAGAAAAAUUGGCAAAAGCCCAAGAAAAACACCAGAGCUGUGAUGUGUCCAAGUCCCACCAGGCCUCAGAUCGAGUGCUAAGGCCAAUGUGCUUUGUAAAGCAGCUCGAGAUCCCGCACUACGGCUACAGAAACAACGUCCCCACGACCACGCCUCGCUCCAACUUGGCCAAAGAGCUUGAGAAAUAUUCCAAGACUUCGUUUGAAUACAACAGUUACGACAGCCAUACUUAUGGCAAGCGGGCCAUAGCCCCCAAGGUGCAAACCAGGGAUAUAUCCCCCAAAGGAUAUGAUGCGAAGCGGUACUGUAAGAACGCCAGCCCCAGCAGCAGCACCACCAGCAGCUAUGCGCCCAGCAGCAGCAGCAACCUGAGCUGCGGCGGCGGCAGCAGCGCCAGCAGCACGUGCAGCAAGAGCAGCUUCGACUACACACAUGACAUGGAGGCAGCCCAUAUGGCAGCCACGGCCAUCCUCAACCUGUCUACCCGCUGCAGGGAGAUGCCGCAGAACCUGUCCACCAAGCCUCAGGACCUGUGCUCCGCGCGGAAUCCUGACAUGGAGGUAGAUGAGAAUGGAACUCUGGAUCUCAGCAUGAACAAGCAGAGGCCGCGUGAGGGAUGCUGCCCAAUUCUGACUCCCCUGGAACCCAUGUCACCCCAACAGCAGGCAGUGAUGAACAAUCGGUGUUUCCAACUGAGCGAGGGGGAUUGCUGGGACUUGCCAGUAGACUACACCAAAAUGAAACCUCGAAGGGUAGAUGAGGAUGAUUCCAAAGAGAUUACUCCUGAAGACUUGGAUCCUUUCCAGGAAGCUCUAGAAGAAAGAAGGUAUCCAGGGGAGGUAACCAUCCCUAGCCCCAAGCCCAAGUACCCUCAGUGCAAGGAGAGCAAAAAGGACUUAAUAACUCUAUCGGGCUGCCCUCUGGCUGACAAAAGCAUUCGAAGCAUGCUAGCCACCAGCUCUCAAGAACUCAAAUGCCCCACCCCUGGCUGUGAUGGCUCUGGGCACAUUACCGGCAAUUACGCUUCUCAUCGAAGCCUUUCAGGUUGCCCAAGAGCAAAGAAAAGCGGCAUCCGGAUAGCUCAGAGUAAGGAAGAUAAAGAAGAUCAGGAGCCAAUCAGGUGUCCUGUUCCAGGCUGUGAUGGCCAGGGCCACAUAACAGGGAAGUAUGCCUCCCAUCGCAGUGCGUCUGGGUGCCCUUUGGCAGCCAAGAGGCAAAAGGAUGGAUACCUCAAUGGUUCCCAGUUCUCCUGGAAGUCAGUGAAGACGGAGGGCAUGUCAUGUCCCACACCAGGCUGUGAUGGGUCGGGGCACGUCAGCGGCAGCUUCCUCACACAUCGGAGUUUGUCGGGAUGCCCACGAGCCACGUCCGCAAUGAAGAAGGCAAAGCUGUCUGGAGAGCAAAUGUUGACCAUCAGACAGCGGGCCAGCAAUGGUAUAGAAAAUGAUGAAGAAAUCAAACAAUUAGAUGAAGAAAUCAAGGAGUUGAAUGAAUCCAAUUCCCAGAUGGAGGCAGAUAUGAUUAAACUCAGAACUCAGAUUACCACAAUGGAGAGCAACCUGAAGACGAUAGAAGAGGAGAACAAAGUAAUUGAACAACAGAAUGAAUCUCUUCUUCAUGAACUGGCCAACUUGAGCCAGUCUUUAAUUCAUAGUCUAGCUAACAUUCAGCUGCCACACAUGGAUCCAAUCAAUGAACAAAAUUUUGAUGCAUACGUGACUACUUUGACGGACAUGUAUACAAAUCAAGAUCGUUAUCAGAGCCCAGAAAAUAAAGCCCUACUGGAAAAUAUAAAGCAGGCUGUGAGAGGAAUUCAGGUCUGAACAGCUGCUAGUGAUGGAUCUUGCUUAAAAAAUUUAAAAAAUCAAUAAAAAGGAUGCCUCUUGUUUUUUGCUGCUGUAAUUUACAGAAAGUGUUAUAUAUUUAUUUCUGUUUGAAACAGUGUUAUGCUUACAAGACUUCAUAAUGAUUUUAUGUCUUGCUUUAAAGAUAGUACCUGCAGGAUAGUUUUUGAAUACAUUCACAUUUUGUACGUUUUCAUAUAAGCUGACAUAGUGUGAUAUGCCAUGUAAUGUUUAUAGCUGCUAAUGUAUGCACAUUUGGGGGUAUAUAUAUUUCUGAAGAGGUAAGCUGAUCAAAAUAAAUAGAGUGUAAAUUCUUUUUAAUGCUUUAGUGAUUAAAUGUUUUAGUAUUUUGAACUGAAAUGGACAAAAUAAUAAUAAUAAUAAUAAACCACAACAGCUUUGAAUGAUCAUGUGGUGGUCCUGUAACCACUUUUUAGACAUUAUCAUUCUGCCUCACGUUGGAGGAUUUUAUGGAAUUUAAGAAAUACAUUUUGUGUGCAUAUUGUUUCAUAGCAAGAAUUGGUUGCAAAAAAUGCUUUAUUUUUUAACAAUGCUUGGAAAUAUUAUGUGAUUUUUUUUGUUUGUUUGUUUUAGGAGGAUGGUGUAUGGUGGGGGCAAUAAAUGAGGUUUUUUGCAUUCCAAGGAAAUGACAUAUGGAUUAACUGUAAGAAAUGAGAUAAGUAAUUUAUUGUAAGACAACAUCAAGCCAUGGAAACUUGGCAGAAGAUUCAAAGCAGCUUAAACAGCACUUUUAAAUUAACUCCUGAGCAUUACAUGGUGUGACUAUGGGAACUCCAGUUAAGACAGGGGCUUAUCAGAGGUGGACAACACGAAGAGAUUUUUCUUUCCAUUUUCAAUAAACUUUGGAGCAGCCUUCUCUUAUCUCCCCAAGUUCUGUCCCCCUUUGAUCUGUCUAUUAUCACAAUGUGGUUUAUUUAGCAGAGUCUGUAUGUUUUCAUUUAAGCUUAAAGACAAUUUAAGAGUAUUUAUUUCUCCCUUUCCUCUUUUAAAAAAGUGAGUGUUGCUAUUAUUUUAUGUUUGGGGGAUAUAAAAGGAAAUGGUUUGUGGGUAUAUUGGAUACUGGACUGAAUUUUCUGUUGAAUAGGUGGAAAAGCAAUUCAGUAACAUUUCUCUGCCCAGACCCCCUUCCCAUUCACCGCACCUCUCCCUAGUCCUGACUUUGCUUUGAAUAGCAGUUGAUUCUAUUCAGAGUACUCUUAAAGUGAUGCUGUAUUCCUACCUUCUGUUGGAGACCAACUGACCAUAUGGCAUCUGUUUAGCAUUGCUGUUUGGUUUGUCCGGAUAUACUCUAAGAUGAAUGCAAUCAGAUUUAAAGAGUAAUUAAAGAUACUUCAGCACUUUUUUUGCUUUACGCUUGACCAUCUUAGACUCGUUUAUACCUUGGAGAUUUUAUUUUUUCUUCGAUGACUGCACUAUCUGUAUGCAUAAGACCACUUUUGAUUACUGUGUUCUCCCCUUCUAAGUAGUCCCUAGGACGGUGUGUUGUGUUUUCUGAUGUUGACUUGAUUUACAUGUAAUAGCAUUGCUUCCUUCCAUGUCUUGAUGUUAUGCAGGAAGUACAAAAGUACUUUAAAAAUUUUGUUAUGAAAAAAAAAGAUGGGUUUUGUAAAAAUAAAAAAAAUAUUUUUAGCAGAACAGGACUUACAGGGUCAUUGUCCCCACAACGUGCCAGUCGAUUAUUUGCACUUACCUUGUCCUAUAUAUCCGUACGGAGGUGUGCAAUUCCUGGAGUCAGCAGCCUUGCGAUGCUGACCCUGGAAGAAUUAGAGGAGGCCCCUCACGGCUGACCCGAUAAUGUUGCUAAGGGAGAUAACAGGGAUCUCACAGCAAAUAUUCUGAUACAAUACUCAACCUCGGUAUAUAUAUAUAUAUAUAUGUAUAAAUAUAUGUACAUCCCAGCGGCACUUUAUACUGCUCACUGUACAAACGCUUACAGUUUUCCACAAGGACUUUAAUAACUAGCUGGGAAAAAAGAAAAAAAAAAGAUGAUGUAAUUACUCUGGGGCCCUGCAGCCUUUCUGCAGAGCCCCUUCUUUCUGUUGUGCUAUUAGUUGUAGCUGCCAUGCUCAGAAUUUGCCUUUUUGAGAGCUGAAGCAAGGUGCUUCUUGUCACCUGAUGCCAUAUCUAUUGCCCAAGGCUCUGGCCUCUUUGCAGGGCCCCUUGUUCAUAUCGGCAUAUGCAUUUCCCCGCCGCGUUGUGUCUGCAGCUUCUUUGCCAAUAUAGUAAUGCUUUUAGUAGAGUAAUAGAUAGUAUCAGUUUUGGGUUCUUGUUAUUACCUAUGUACAAUGGAAAGGGGUUUAAAGCACAAAUCUGCUGCUCAUCUAACGUUGGUACAUAAUAUCAAAUCAAAAAAAUUAUCUGUGACUAUUAUAUAGGGAUCACAAAAGUGUCACGUAUUAGAAUGCUGACCUUUCAUAUGGAAUUAUUGUGAGUCAUCAGAGUUUAUUUAUUAUAACUUAUUGUUCAUAUUCAUUUCUAAGUUAAUUUAAGUAAUCAUUUAUUAAGACAGAAUUUUGUAUAAAUAUUUAUUGUGCUCUCUGUGGAACUGAAGUUUGAUUUAUUUUUGUACUACACGGCAUGGGUUUGUUGACACUUUAAUUUUGCUAUAAAUGUGUGGAAUCACAAGUUGCAGUGAGACUUCAUUUUUAAAUUGUGAACUUUGUACAAAUUUUGUCAUGCUGGAUGUUAACACAUCUUACUCUAAAUAAAAAGGUGUUGCCACAUUUGUAGCACGAUGGAUCUCUA